UAACAUUGAGCAUUAUUUAAGCAAGCAUUAGAUCAGAAGAAUGGCUCUGCCUGAAGCCGAGUUUGGACUGAAGAGCAGCAGCAUCAUGAAGGAAUGGAGCGGACAGGUUCAGCCGGCUCUCAUAGCAUCCUUCAUCAUCCUCUUCUUCCUCGAGGCCUGUCUGUGGGUCCGAAAUCUCACGUUCAAGAAGAGGCUUCCCGGGCCGUUCGCCUGGCCUUUAGUGGGCAACGCCAUGCAGCUCGGCCAGAUGCCCCACAUCACCUUCUCAAAGCUGGCCAAGAAGUACGGAAACGUGUACCAGAUCCGACUCGGUCGCAACGACAUCGUGGUUCUGAACGGAGACGUGGCGAUACGGGAGGCGUUGCUUCAACACAGCACUGAGUUCGCCGGACGGCCCAAUUUUCUGUCCUUCCGGAUGAUUUCCGGUGGCCGGAGCUUGACGUUCAACAAUUACAGCAAACAGUGGAAGAUGCACCGUAAAGUGGCUCAGUCGACUCUGAGAGCGUUCUCAUUAGCGAACACUCAAACUAAAAGAACGUUUGAGCAACAUGUCGUGGGUGAGGCGUUGGAUCUGGUCCAGAUGUUUCUGAGACUCAGCGCUGACGGACGACACUUCAAUCCCGCGCACGAGUUCACCGUCGCCGCCGCUAACGUCAUCUGUGCGCUUUGCUUUGGGAAGCGCUACGGUCACGACGACCCUGAGUUCAGGACUCUCCUGAAACGUGUGGAUAAGUUCGGAGAGACGGUCGGCGCCGGGAGCCUCGUGGACGUCAUGCCUUGGCUUCAGUCGUUCCCGAAUCCCGUGAGAAGAGUCUAUCAGAACUUCAAGAUCAUUAAUGAAGAGUUCUUUGCUUACGUGAAGGAUAAAGUGGUCCAGCAUCGAGACACGUAUGAUCCCGACGUGACCCGUGACAUGAGCGACGCCAUCAUCGGUGUGAUCGAACACGGGAAUGACAGCACCCUGAGCAAAGAGUUCGUUGAGGCUACGGUCACUGAUCUAAUCGGGGCGGGACAAGACACGAUGUCAACAAUAAUGCAAUGGAUCGUCCUGCUUUUAGUCAAACACCCAUCAAUCCAAAGCAAACUCCAAGAGCAGAUUGAUAAAGUAGUGGGUCGUGAUAGACUGCCUUCAAUAGAAGACAGGAGCAACCUCGCAUACCUGGACGCUUUCAUCUACGAAACCAUGCGCUUCACGAGCUUCGUCCCCGUCACCAUCCCACACUCCACCACCUCAGACGUCUCCAUCGAAGGCCUCCACAUCCCGAAAGACACCGUGGUGUUCAUCAACCAGUGGUCCGUCAACCACGACCCUCAGAAGUGGAGCGAUCCUCACAUCUUCAACCCGGCGAGAUUCCUGGACGAGAGCGGAGCGCUGGAUAAAGACCUGACCAACAGCGUGAUGAUCUUCUCCAUCGGGAAGAGAAGAUGCAUUGGAGACCAGAUCGCAAAAGUGGAGGUUUUCCUGUUCUCGGCGAUCUUGUUGCACCAGUGCUGGUUUGAGAAAAACCCUUCUCAGGAUCUGUCCAUGGACUGCUCGUACGGUUUAACACUGAAGCCGCUGCGUUACACGAUCUCAGCGAAGCUCCGAGGAAAACUGUUCGGCUUGGUUUCGCCGGCAUGAGUUAAAACAACCAGCUUGAUCUUGUGACUAAAGGCCAGAAAAGACUCAACAUAAUGCAAAUGUAUUCCACAUAACAAUGAGUAUAAGUAAAGCUGCACUGAAUGCUGUCUAAUAAUUGCAUAUUUAAUAUUUAAUGAAUAU